AUGCAGAUUUUGAUCUUGGUCCUGCUACUCAUGGCCUUUCUCCUGUCCCCCAGGGCUGAGGCUGGUGAGAUGAUCAGGGGCCGGGAAACCCAGCCCCACUCCAGACCCUACAUGGCUUUUCUGAAUAUACGAUGCAGAAACAGGAGGUCUCACUGUGGAGGGUUCCUGGUGGCGAAGAACUUUGUGCUGACGGCCGCUCACUGCAAUGGAGAGGACAUCACCGUGUUCCUUGGAGCCCACAACAUCCGUCGGGAUGAGGAGACCCAACAACGAGUCUCUGUGAAGCACAAGAUCCCCCACCCUGGAUACAACAAGAUGAGCUUUGAGAAUGACCUGAUGCUGCUGCAGCUGGUGAAGCCGGCGGAGCUGACUGAUGCCGUGGGCACCAUUCCGCUGCCCCAAGCUGGCCAAGCCGUGGAGUCAGGCGCCGUGUGUAGCGUGGCAGGAUGGGGCAGGACCAGCCUCAAAGCAACCACCAGUAUCCUCCAUGAGGUGGAGCUGGACGUGAUGUCAGACGAGACCUGCCAAGAGGACGGGCUGCUCCAACGCUACUACAAGCCCUCGAGGUUGAUGUGUGUGGGGGACCCUGCCGAGGACAAGGCCUCGUUCUCGGGCGACUCUGGGGGCCCCCUGGUGUGUAACGGGACGGCCCAGGGCAUCGUCUCCUUCGGCAAGAAGAACAGGUCUCCCCUGAGGGUGUUCACCAGGGUCUCCGCAUACGUCCCCUGGAUCGAGAGAACAAUGAGGGGUCUCAGCAGCCAUGGGCCCCAUGUUGAAAGGCCGGGGCCCCUACACUGAAGGGGGCAGAGUUGGGUUU